GACGACGCGGAAAAUGCGACGGAAGAGAGGCGUCACGAACAAAUAGUCAGCAGCUGACAGUUUGAUAAGAGGGGAAGUUUAAAAGUGAUUUAAGGGAAGAUAGUUUUAUAACUCGUUACGUCCUCGCGCCGAUUGUGGAGUUUGUCAAAAGACAGAGAAAGUUUGUUUCUCAAAGUUUGUGUCUUGAGUUUUUGAGAGUAGAAAAUGAGUAUCAAUCGAAAUGCAACUGCAUACCUUUGUAGUGAAGGCGUCGCCGGGGACAUCGAAGGAAACGAAGUUACACCUUUAUUAACACAUAGAUCAGCACCGACUACAGGAGCCUCCUUCGCCUCCUCUGUGUUUAACUUAAUGAAUGCCAUCAUGGGCAGCGGCAUAUUGGGUCUAGCUUAUGCUAUGGCUAACACUGGAAUAUUGGGUUUUUGUAUCCUGUUAGUACUAGUGUCCAUCCUGGCAGCAUACUCUAUACACCUCCUUCUGAAGCUAUGUGACCAAACAGGUAUAAAUUCAUAUGAAGACCUUGGAGGAAGAGCCUUGCAAAAACCAGGAAAAAUUCUGGUCGGAAUUUCUAUUAUCAUCCAAAAUAUAGGUGCCAUGUCAUCCUAUUUGUUCAUCCUGAAGUCAGAGCUUCCUGCAGCCAUCGACAGCUUCUUGAACCCAGAAAGCACAGGACAUGCCUGGUAUGAAGAUGGCAGGUUGCUUCUUGUCCUAGUCACACUUUGUGUUGUACUACCUCUAGCAAUGUUGCCUAAAAUUGGCUUCCUGGGCUACACAAGCAGCAUUGCCUUUUUCUUUAUGCUGUACUUUACAAUUGUGGUUGUGGUCAAGAAAUGGUCCAUCCCUUGCCCACUGUCUCACAAUGUGACGACACUUUCAGGUGCCUUCAAGAUAUCAAAUUCCUCUGACUCAGAAUGUACACCCAAACUCUUUGUCAUCUCCAGUAAGUCUGGCUACACCAUCCCCACCAUGGCCUUCUCCUUCAUGUGCCACACGGCUAUCCUGCCAAUCUACUGCGAACUGGACCGGCCUACGAAGGCCAGGAUGCAGAACAUUACCAAUAUCGGUAUUAGCCUCAGCUUCCUGCUUUACCUCAUUUCUGCGCUGUUUGGCUACCUCACCUUCUAUGCUCAUGUGGACUCUGAGCUGUUGCUUGGCUACGAUGCAUAUAUGCCUCGGGACAUCAUGGUGAUGGUGGUUCGACUGGCCAUCCUGCUCUCUGUGUUGCUGACUGUUCCCCUUAUUCACUUCCCUGCCCGUAAGGCGGCCAUCUUGCUGCUGUUUGGAGGACGGCCCUUUUCCUGGCUGAUCCACAUCUUUGUCACUCUAAUCAUCGUGGGUGUUGUGCUUUUGCUGGCCGUCGUUGUGCCUGAUAUCAGAAAUGUGUUUGGAGUAGUGGGAUCCACAACAUCCACCUGCCUGUUGUUUGUUUUUCCCGGCAUUUUCUACCUCAAGCUCAACACGGGACCCCUCAGAUCCUUUGAUUCCCUUGGGGCUAUACUUCUGGUGAUCGUUGGUUUCAUUAUGGGAAUCAUCAGCUUCUCCAUCAUUGUCAUCACAUGGGCACAGAACUCAUAACCCCCUCUUUGCCACCCUUUCAGGGUAAAGCGUGCCAAAUAAACUAAACAAUGGAUACCAAAAGGGAAUAGACAGCAUUACCUCAAGCAGAUUAUUUGUUGUUAAGUUGUUCCCAACACUAGACCAGGGUUUGUUUCUCAACUUUCUACCUCUCAAACAUAGACCAAAUUUAAAAGGACUUUUCAUGUUAUGCUUCUGUACAUUGUUGUUUACACACUGACUUUUGACAGACACCCAAUUCAGGGCAAUGUUUAAUUUUUUUCUUCCAAAAUCAAAAAUCUUUAUCUACCUCUUUUUCAGCUUUAUUUUCUGACAGCCUUUGUAUUGUACUGUCUGGAUGAAUACCAAAUGUAUGUAAACCAAUCUGCAGUAUUUAAAGAAUAGCGUUGACCAAAUCUAAAUCAUGAAUGAGUCAGGUUUACCUCUUUCUCAAAUUUUGUUUGUGUAUCUAAAACUGAAAAUGUUCCACAAUCACAAAUGUUCAUUACUUGUUUUUCUUUGAUGCAUGUAUCUUUCUGCUGCUGCUUGUAUUCUUUACCUCCUUAAUGAAUGCGACAAAAAUGAUUUAUAUUUUUCAAAUUAAUGGCAUUUAAUAUAAGUGAAAUUGUUCAUGUA